CCUCUGAUUGAGUGUGUUACUGAGGCUCAAGUUCUCUGUUUUCUCGCUCUUCUCUUUUCUCUGUAAAUGGCGCAAUGAUGUAGAUAAGGAGAACAUUUGAGACUCUCCAUGACAUGCGCUACCGGCCUCCGUCCCCGCGGGAUUCGGCGUGAAGACUGAGGCGUGAACGUCCGAAAGAAGAGGAGGAUGUGGCAGAGUGUUGGUUUGACCGUGUUGGUGAUCGUGGCCACGCUGAUAUGUGUCCUCCUCUUCAUGCUCUUCGGGUGGUACGUGGUGUGGCAGCUCUUCCUGUCUAAGUUUAAGUUCCUGCGGGAGUUGGUGGGAGACACCGGUUCUCCGCAGGCUGAAACCGAGCCCUCCGAGUCCGAGAGUGAACGCAGCUCGCCCCCGACGCCCCGCCACAGACCCAAAAGCGUUCGCCAAAGGAUCGUCCCUCCUGACAGCACUACAUAGAGCCCUGAGCCAGAUCUCCUCCAGUUCACCGCCAUAAGCGUUAUGCUGUUUUAGGCUGGACGUGAGGUCAUUUGUGUCCCGGACCUGCAUCAGUCACUGUGCUCUCCUUCACAUCCACUCAUCAUGGUUACACUCGUUCACAGUCGGUCUGAAGACACGGUUUUUUUGUAUGAACCGGCUGAGCCACACGUUCAU